AUGGGACAGAAAAAAUAGUCUUUAGAUAAUUUUAUAAAAACAUCUUAAAGUUCUUUUUAAUUAGGGAGUGUUAAUUUAAGUGACAAUUAGGUAAGUGAUUUUAUGGAGCUAUUUAAUCAACAGGAAUUGUUAAGAAAUAUUAAUUUAGAGUUAUAAAGAUCUCUUGAUCCAUUAAGAGAUUUAAGGACAUUUUUAAAAUAAUAACGAGAAAAAAUUCUAUAAGAUAUCUAAUUAAUAAAUUAGAUUUUAAAUGGAAAACUAUCAAUCUAAUCUGAAAAUUUACAUUAAUAAUAAUGGAAUGGUGAAUCUACUUUAAGCCUUUUGAGAAGUAAUUUAUAAUUAAUUUUAAGAUCUAAUUUUAAAUUUAGAAAGAGAUCAUAUUAGCCAGAUUUAAAAAGGAAUGGAAUCAUUCAAAUAAGAAAAUUUAGAUUCUGAUGUUCUGUUAGAAGAACAUAAUUCAUAUUCGUCAAGAAGUAAAUUAUAAAUAUAAUACGAGAUAUUUUUGAAUGUUAACUAAAAAGUUAUAUAGGCCAUAUAUCUUACGGAUCAGAAUAAUAAGAAAAUUAGGCUGAUGAACUUUUGAUUUCUGAGUCUGCUUUAAAUUAAUAAAGUACCUUAAUCAAAUUAUCAGAAUAGAUUCUAUUCAAUUUUCGAUUAGAUAUUAAUAAAAUCAAGAUCUCUAAAAUAAAGGAUUCACUUUAGUCUUUAUUUUCCCUCAGGAGUAGAGGACAUUUUUUAUUAUAUUGAAUCCACAAAUUUCUGUGAGAUUAGUGGCUUUGGAAUUUCAAAAAGUUUUAAAGUCUUCACAAGGAAUAAUAAUGUGUCUUAAUGACCUGAUUUUAGUCAUGGACAGAACUUUUGGAGAAUAAAAUGUAUAAAAUGGUCAAAUUCUCAUGUGUUAUCUAAAAUAGUAAGUAAAUGAUUGA